UCCCACGCUCUACAGAAGGAUAGUAAACUUAUCAAUCGCUUUUGGUGCGGGGGAGAGCGGAAUCUAUACCGAAUUUUAACCAAUGGUUUUCUUUGGAGGGUGCUCUCUCCAUGUGCCGUACGCUCGUGUCAUGGGACUACUGCUCGCUCCUGCAAUCUGUUGAUGACACGGGUUCCAAGCGUUGUGUGGUUCGUCCUCUGUGGUGGUGAUGGAGUACUUUUUACUUAUCUAUAUUUUGGUGAAAUCUCGGGGAUGAUGGGGCGAACGUCGUCGCCUCCACACCAGUUGCUUUCGUCGAAAUAGAUGGACCAAGUGCCGGUUACAGCGCGCUGUCCAUCACCGUCCGUCCCCUCGCGCCGGAGGAUGACCCCUCCGAAGCCCACUGUAACGUUGACCUUCUGGAUGGACUCAAGUGCCAUGGGCCAAGUGGCCAUGUCGUAAAGCACUUUCUUUCCUUGUUGAGACAUCACUGUUUUCAAACUGGAGGACAACUUUAUAGGACUUAUGGAUCUGAAGCGGGUGCUGUCCUUCCCGCCGUACCCGGGGGACUACCUGCACCCAGUGGUGUACGCCUGCACCGCCGUCAUGCUGCUUUGCAUGCUGGUGUCCAUCUUCACCUACAUCGUCCACUACAGGGUGAUACGGAUCAGCGGGAACGGGUGGCACGUCCUCCUCAACUUCCUGUUCCACACGGCAGUGACGUUCGGCGUGUUUGCGGGCGGCAUCAACCAGAUCAAAUAUCCUGUCGUCUGUCAAGUGGUGGGUGUAAUUCUGCACUACUCCUCGCUCUCCACGAUGAUGUGGCUAACGUUUACCGCCCGCAAUCUGUGUAGAGAGGUGUCAAAAGCCCCCCCUCCUCCGCAGGAGAGAGACCCACCCCGCAACGAUCAGCAGAGAUCCAAACCCACUGUUCUCGUAUUUUAUUUGGUGAGUGUCGGGGUCCCUUCGAUUAUCGUCGGGGUCACCGCUGCAGUUAGCCUUGACAACUAUGGGAGCAGAGACGACGCGCCCUAUUGCUGGAUGGCCUGGGAGCCCAGUGUGGGCGGCUUCUAUGGUCCCACUGCCUUCAUGGUGCUGGUCAUCUGCGUCUACUUCCUGGUCACCUACGUGCAGCUCAAGCGUCACCCAGAGCGCAAGUACGAGCUGAAGGCCAUGACCGAGGAGCAGCAGCGGCUUGCCACUGCCGAGAUGGGUCACCAUUGCCACGACCCCUCGGCUGGCGAGCCUGGUAUGGAGGGUGUCCCCCACCACCACCACCACCACCAUCACCACCACCACCACCCGGGCUGCUCGGCCAUCACCGCCUCCAUGCUGGCCAACGAGCACUCGUUCAAGGCCCAGCUCCGCGCCACCGCCUUCACCCUCUUCCUGUUCCUGGCCACGUGGGCGUUCGGCGCCCUGGCCGUCUCGCAGGGUCACUUCCUGGACAUGAUCUUCAGCUGCCUGUACGGCGCCUUCUCCGUCACGCUUGGGCUCUUCCUGCUCAUCCAGCACUGCGCCAAGCGCGACGACGUCUGGCACCGCUGGUGGGCCUGCUGCCCAUCCUCCAAGCCCAAGAUGGACGUCAACGGCGAGGCAGCGGCGGCGGCGGUGUCCGGUGUGCCGGUCAACGCCAACGCACACCAGGCAGCCCAGAACCACCAGAAUCACAGCCACUCGCCCCAGACCCAGAUCCACUGCCACCUGGACUCGCCGUGCCCGGGCAAACCCCUGCUCUCCCCGCACCUCCACCCGUCGUCCAGCCACUGCAAGCUGAGCCCGCUGCCCGUGGGCGCCCCCACGCAGAAUCACGCGGGUCCCUGCUGCGCGGCGGCGUUGCACGGCUCCUCGGCGGCCGUCUCGCCGCUCCUGGAGCGCUCGCCGCGACCGCAGUCGCUGCCGGACGAGCUGCCGCGGCCAGCGCUGCCCCUGCAGAGCUGCCUGAAGGACAGGACUAAGUCUCGCUCGUUCAACCGGCCUCGGCCGUCGCUCCGCGACUACGCCUACCACAUGGCCUCCACCAGCCUGGACGGCAGCGUGCACAGUGCUUCCGGCUGCCUUGGCGGCGGCGGCGGCGGCGGCUCGCACCUGCUGGACAGCCCGCACAGCGCCGCACACCUGGAGCUCCACGCCGGGCCGCACCGCGACAGCCAGCUGAGCUGCCACAGUCCGCACCCGGACAGCCAGAUGCGCUGCCGCAGCCCCAGCCCCAGCCCACUGCUGGAGCCCCAUCUGGGCGGCUGCCACCACGGCAGCCUGCACGAAGGCCUGGGCUCGUCCUGCCACUCGUCCUGCCUGGACAGCCAGCUGGCCUGCCUGGACAGCGUCAGCCAGCAGGCCACGCACGUCUGCCACCGCCACGCCUGCUGCGCCAAGGCCGACCUGUUCGCCGGCGUCUGCUGUGCCGCCAGUGACCCGUUCGGCCACUCGGCCGGCUGCCAGCCCGAGGCGCUAGAAGAGCUGGCGCCCCCGGUGUCCUCGGGUAUGUAUGGGGGCGCCAAAAUGACCGACAAAGACGAGGAGGAGGCGGCGGCGGCCCUGGCGCACAUAGAUUUGCCGCCGCCGCCGCGAGCCACUCUCUCUUGCCCACAGGGGGUGGCCACGCUCGGGCGCAAGGGGACGCUCAGCCGGCGGGGUACGCUGAGCCGCAACGGCAGCCUCCACGAGGACUACAUGUUCAGCUCGGACGCCACAGGGAACAUAAGGACUGGGCCCUGGAAGAACGAAACCACUGUGUAGACCCUCCCUGACCCCUGACCCCUGACCCCUAACCCCUAACCCCUACACCCCACCCUCACCCUGACGUGAUCCCGUCCUCCAUUAUCUAGUCCCUCUGAGGCUGGAACGGAUCCCUUUCACUUCCCCCUCCCCCCCACAUCCCCGUCCUAAAACCAAACUACUGUGUAGUCCCAGGGCUGUCAGUAAGACGUCUCUCGCCCCUCCUGAACUGAACUACUGUGUAGUCCGUUUUCGCUGUGAUUCUCCUCCUCUGUAGUGUCCAGUCACUUCUCCUCCCUUAAUCUUUACACUCAUCCUCUAUGGCUUUCCUAUUGGGCCAGAACCUCUUGAAUCUUAUAAAAUAUGCUUUUGUACAUUUACAUUCCCUUUGGGUUUCCUUUUUCUUUUUCAGUAUUACGUACAUUUAACAUCAUCAGAUAUUUUUUGGUCCAGUCUGUUUACACUUACUAAAUGAUAAGGUUUAUCUUUUUUUGAUUUUCAGAAUCUUUUUUUUUGCAAUCAAGAGGCUAUGAACAUGCAGAAAAAGGUCCAUGUUUAAUUUGUAAUAUUUUUAUAGUCAGGUGACAAUGCAACAGAUUUUUGUACCUGUGUGACUGUGAUUUUGUGAGCUGACCAGCGAUACAUAGUGCAAUCACUUUUGUGUGUGUGUGUGUGUGUGACUGUGUGUGUGUGUGGGUUUGUGUGUUCAUUAGUAUGUGUAAUGUGUGUGUGUAUAUACAUAUGUGCAUGUGUUCCAUGCGUGUUUGUACCCAUAAGUUCCUCACAAGACCUUACAGAACAAUGAGAUCUAUUCCUUUGUGAUUCCUCGCGGUAAUUUGGCGCUUAAGAAAUGCUUCAUCUCUCAUUUAUGUUUCAUAUGUCUGAGGAAGAUCUACAGCAAUUAUCACCGCACCAGCACUAGUGAAUAUUUCAUGUGUUUUCACAAUCAGAACAAGUAGUGAAUUAUCUGCUAUUUGACUGUGGGUGUGAAACAGGAUGUUAAUACUGAGGAGCUAGCACUCGCAAAUACCUCUGACGUUGAAGGUCUCUUCUGUACUUACCGGUACACGUGAUGCUCGGCUUGACGUGUGUCUGUGUGGACUGUCCUUCUUUUUACAGGCUUUCCUCUCUAAGACCUACAUUCACUCCUUUCAGAAAAACACGAGAGCCCAUUCAAAGAAAAACAUCAACACACUCCUGAUGUUCCUGCUAUGUUUGAUUAUUUCCAGAAUAAGCAUGCAUUACUUCAUCUCCCAAAACACCGCAAAUGUUAUCCCCUUUUUUCCACAAGCUAUUCAAGGAUGCUGCCUCCUGAGAUAGCAUGCAGAGUUAGGUGUAUGGCCGUUUGUCUUUGGGUUCACUCGAUGGAUUGGCUAUUUGUUUGAUUUUGUCACAUAUAUUGGUGAUUGGUUUUCAUAAAUCAGUGUCAACCUUAUUAUUCCCUCUCUCCCUCUCUCCCUCUCUCCCUCUCUUUCUCUCGCUCUCCUGUGUCGGUGCAAAUGGAUUAAACAUGCAACAUUUUUGGCAAAAUUCUACAAAUUCUACAAACAGCCUUUUUAUGGAUCUAAGUGUUCCUGACUUAACCCUUAUCUAAAGGUGUGAACAGGGAUCAGAGAAAGCCAUAACAAAGUUAUGAAACAUUCUAAUGGAGUAUAAACGCAGAGUUUGGCAUGAACCAUAACAAAAUGGAUUAUUAACAUUGAUUAAUAGAUUAUGAUUUCAACCUGAGGUCUGCUUUCACAUGGGCCUUACUUAGAUGUGCUAUCCUGAACAACACCGCUUAAAUACUGCCUCAAUUUCCCCAUAAAAACCCCUCCCUCUAGUUUAGAAACACCACAGUACUCUGGAGAGUUUGUUUUCUAUUUAAUUGUGAUUGUGAGCUCAGGGACCAUGUCAACCACUUUCAUUCACAAGUUCAAGAGCAUAGGGCUUUUUGUUGCACACACAGUAUGUAAGAUGUAGUUCACUAUUGUGGUUGGUUAUAUUUUGAGGUUUGCACCAGGGGUGAAGGCGAAAUGUGGGCUGAGUCAGCCCUGCCUCCAGUCCCGCAAUGCACCUGUGUCAGCAUCCCAAGGGCUUCAGCUCAGUUUAGAAUUCUUACAGCCGGCCUUGUCUGACACAAGGAGGUUUCUUUGCUUGUCUCCCGAGAAAAGCCCUUGAAGAAGAAGAAGCGUUAGAAAGAGUCAGUCCUCUGGGCUAUCAGCUUUAUAUGUCUUCAGCCCUCUAAGCAGAACCUCUUUAAGAGUUCUUCUGUGGGGGAUAGGACCCUUUUAUUUAUUUUAAUGAGGUUAUAGACUCCUGCAUUGCACAGUGCCAUGGUUGCUCUCAUGCAUUCUGUUCUGUAUACACAAAGUUGUUCUGCAUUCCCCUGGCCUCUGUUUUGGUUUCCCGUGUUCUGUAAGACGAUUGGCGUGCCUCUCCGCAUCUCUGUGCAAUAGCCUACUGCUCUCCCUCUCCCCCGCCGGUGUGAAUUGCGGAGAGGGCUGAUCUGAGACCAGUCUGACAGCGCCCCCGUGACCUAACCCACACUAUCUCUAUUCUCUCCUAUUUAUGUUUUGAUUAUCUUUUUUACAUUUA